AUGUCAAGCCGGAAUCCAGAUGGAAGGGUCUUCACCUUUGUAGAUUACGACAUCAACCGCCGUGGAGUCACCGAUACAGCUCGGGCGCAUUUGAUGAGAGAUCGAGUGCGGUCGAAACGAGAAGCCAGAUCAGAAUGGGUUUCCCGCAACCAGUUCUCUCCGCUACGUUGGAUGCGACCAAAAGAGGACAACAACCAACCAAAUCCAGGCAGACCAGAUGCAAAGCCAUCCAGCUCGGACGAAUCAGAGGAAGUGACCAAGCCUCGAAUCUCCCAUUAUGCGGCAGUCAUUGAUUUUGAGCGGGACUGUGUGACUGUGUCGCCUUUCGCCAGGAAGCCAAGGUCACAGUCGCCGCGGUCGAGGAAGGGGACGAAGUCCCAACACCGUAAGAACAUGGAAUUCCACGACAACUCUCCCGAAAGCAGUGCCUCCGACCGAAAACAUGGCCGGUCACCGGAAGAAGGCUGUCGAAUGGAAAUGUCCCGGCUCAACUCACCUUUUCUCGAUGCAGAUUCUCCCAGGUCCAUUGCAAGCCUUGUCGAUUGUGAGCCAAUGAGCUCAAAUCAAAGAAGGACCAGCAUGGAAAGUCGCUCGGAAUUCGGUCUGGCACUUUUGGACAGGCUAAGGAUUGCAAACACGCCGCCUCGGCAACUACCGAUCGGAUUGGACGCCGGAUUGGAGGAAGAGUCCCAACAGAUCAUUUCGCAGGCUCUCCAUAAUUCCGCCGCCAGAUUGUCAACCGUUUGGACGCCAGUCGAACACAACUUGCUGCAAUAUUUUGCUGUAAAUGCUGUACCCAUGCUGGGGCUAGAUUUGUAUCCGGAAAUCGUUCAAAAACAUGACCCUGUGCUCCAGCUCUUUCUGCCUUAUGCCACCUCCAGCCAGUGGUGUUUCGAAACCAUGAUACUGCUAUUCAGUGCGAAUCAUCAACGGUUAAGCGAGGCGCAGCCCGACCGCGGUGACAUGGACGCUGAAAAUCACCACCUCGCGUCUCGGCAGAAUCUCAUCCUUGCGAGGACGCGCGAGAGGAUAUCUUCCCUAGCUAAUUGCAACGAUUCGAGUGAUGAAGACGUGGUGGCAUUUUUGUUUUUGGCUCUUGCCGAGUACUGCACCGGCAACCGACAAAUUGGUCUCAUGCACUUCAAAGCCUGGAAGGAAUACUGCGAGAUGCGGCGAGUGUUUGGCAUCCGGCCAUGCGGAUUGCCCUGUAAGACCAUUGUCUGGUGGUGUGUCUCGGUGAUGUGUGAGGACGAUGUUUCCCUGGAUGGGAUCAUCAAUCCCACCACUAGAGCAAGGAUACGCGAUGAUCCAGCGAAAUUGUUCAGGUAUUUCGAGUCCUGGAACGGCGCAGGGUACGUCGACAUGGCGCAACUGUCUCGUCCGGAGCUUUGUGAGAGGCGUAUCACUUGUUGA